GCGGCGUGUCUGCACCGCUGGUGAGUCACCUGAGAAAUGUUUUGGACUGGCGGGAUCCUGCUGGAAACAGCAGUCAUUUUAUUGGUGGUAUUACUCCCUUUACUUCCUUAAAAGCAGAUACUCAAAGUCCUUCAAGAAACCAGCGCCUGGCCAGAGAGCUGGGGUCAAAACAGUAAGUGAACUCCACACAUCCGUCAUCCUGCAGCAUGAAAACCUCCAACGUCAAGAGACGGGAACACGGGAGCGAAGCCACGUCCUCCACUCCCGACGACGCGUCCACUUGUGAACCAGCUGCACCAGUGUGGGUCACCCACACCCCCCCACCAGAUAACGUGAUGGAUGACAGCGACGAUGACACUGACGCCACGUGCCACACCUCCAGCUCUCCAUCGUGCGUGAAAAAUGAGAACGACGCCAAAAAAGGGAGCAUGGCGGACAGGCUGAAGUCCCUCGUUCCUAAGUCAUGGAGCGGUACCAUUCAUAAAUGGACAAAGCGAAGAGACUCUGAAACCAGCAUAACCGGGAUCCAGAUUCUGCCCAAUGGGACCAGGGUGAGCCCCCCUGUAAGCCCCUUCUUGGAGCGGAGGAACGGGGAUGAAUCACUGGGGGGCUCCAGCCACAACUCACACAAGCCUUUGCUGAGACAGAGUCCGAGUGACGAUCCUGUAUAUCUGGGACUACGAGAGGAAUCUCUGCUGACUAGUAUGCACCCUGCGGAGUAUUAUGCUGAAAAGGUGGAAGUUUAUAAGCAAAAGUACUCUUAUUUGAAGUCCUGGCCGGGGUUGCUCAGGCUUCUGGCUGGACUUCAGCUCUUGUUCGGGGCCAUGGGAAUCGCCUGUGUCAUUGCUUACGUUCAGAAAGACAGCGAGUGGUCCAAUGCUUACGGACGCUAUAACGGUAUCUAUAACAACGGGCAAGGUAUGUCGGGGUACAGCUACAGUGGCCCUAUGACUCCGUUCAUUCUAGCUGUGGCCGGAGUCUCCUGGAUCAUCACUCUGUGUCUCUUAGUGAUAGGAAUGACGAUGUACUACCGCACCAUCCUGCUCGACUCCCCUUGGUGGCCCUUGACGGAGGCCUUCAUCAACUUGGCCCUGUUCCUGCUCUACAUGGCAGCGGGAAUCGUGUAUCAGAACGACUUGAGCCGCGGAGGGCUGUGCUACAUGACAGUAGGGGUUAACCCCAUCAUGGCCAAUCUGUGUCGAGUUGACGGGGGCCAGAUGGCAGGGAUAGCUUUCAUGUUCAUCAACAUGACGAUGUAUCUCGGAAGCUUCCUGACAUGUCUGAAGAUGUGGAGGCAUGAAGCCGCGCGCAGGGAGAGGGACUACCUGGACCAAAAGUUCCAUGGAGAGUGUCCGCCAUCCAUUCCUCUGACACCCCCAAAAAUAAAACACAUGUCAUUCAUGGAUGAAACUGACAAGUCGCUGAAUAUAGAUAAUCUACAUCAGGACCACAACACGCCUCUCAACAGAGCUGCAGGACCCAAAGUCCAUGUCACUGCAGACUAUAUCAUAAAAUACCCAGACAUCAGCUGUGUAGAGGAAAGGGAAAAGUACAAAGCAGUUUUCAAUGAUCAGUAUCAAGAAUACAAAGACCUUCACAGCGAUAUCAUCACUACCCUCAGAAAGUUUGCUGAGCUGGAUGCCGCCAUGGAACAACUCCCCAGGAAGGGAAAAAGCCUGGAGGAUCAGCAAAGGAUUCAAAGUAUUUUGAAGACGUAUCAUCAGAAAAAGAAAGACCCUGCGUUCCUUGAGAAGAAGCAGCGCUGCGACUACUUGAAGGCUAAAUUAAGCCACAUUAAAAACAAAAUCCAGACUUUUGACCAGAGAACAACAUCUGGAAGCAACACACUUGUCCACUCUCGGUACUAUGACAGCCCCCCUGUAUACAGCCCACCCUAUAGUGUCACCUCGCAAAGCUUCUAUCCUUCACGAAGCGUCCACUCUCCCCAGAGUCAGGGCAGUCCGUACCCCCAGGAUCUCCCACCUCACUUCUACCCCAUGGAGGGGCGGCCUCAACACUUCUACCAAUACUUCUCUGCUCCUGGUUUUGUCAAAAUGUUCAAAGGAGCUACCGUGCUCAUGUGUUUCAUCAUCUUUGCCUGCGUGGCAUCCACGUUGGUGUGGGACAUGAUGGGGGUUGGACAUGUGGGCUACGGUGCUGGGGACGCGGGCUCUGCAGGAGGAACGGGUUCAGGAUAUUACGGAGGCUCCUACGGAUACAGCAGCUCCUACAUGACGCCCCUCUCAGCCAAGGCGGCGAUGAUGUCUAUGAGUGCCAUCAACUUCCUGGUUUCACUGGGGUUCCUGGUGGGAAGUUUCUCGCGGUCCCGGGUCAUGCGGGGGUGCAAGUUCUACCUCUCUGUCUUCAUCUCCGAUAUCAUCCUAGCAGUCCUUCAGGGCAUCAUCAACAUCAUCUUUGUGAUCGGAGUGAACCCGCUGUCUCAGAGCUCCCAGAGCAUGCUGUAUAACCCCAUGCUGAUGAUGUGUCAGAACAUUCAGGGCACCCCCAGCCUCAGCGGCGGUGCGGGGGCUGGUUUUCCUGGGGGGUUUCCCUUGUACAAUCAAUACCUGCACCACUACUGCUACAUGGACCCCGAGGAGGCAGUAGCUUUUACGUUGGGGCUGAUGGUGGUUUUGGCCUUGUCCUUCUCUGCUUACUAUGCCUACAAGACUCGCAGUAAGAUCUGGCGUCAUGGAAAGUCAAACAUCUACUGGGACGAUGGCCAGGACGUCCAGGACUGGGUACGCAGCUCCCAGCAGGCUCCCACUGUUGUUAUGUCAGAGAGAGCAGCGCCUGACCUGACGGCAGGGAACAGUGUGAUCUCCCAUGGCAACGGAACAGUCAGCAUCCAUAGCGAAGGAUAUUAUAAAAACAACAGUUUCUAUACAGACAACACCAUGGCCUGUGGGUCGAAGCGUCUGCAGCAGAACAGCAGCGCUGCAGUUUGCUACAGCAGCUCAGACGAGGCUGAGAGUGUCAGGAAGCCUCCUGCUUGUCACAAGAAGAGAGAACGGAGAAGAGAUCGUGAGCCCUCACCUGCUGCUCAGGGGACAGCUGAGUCCCAGUAUGAAACCGGCUACACCACGGGAGAAACUGGCAACGAGCUGGACCGAGACAGCCGGGAUUACCUCUACAGGAUGUACCCAGCGAUAACGUCAGACGAGCAGCGCCGCGAGUACAAGAAGGAGUUUGAUUCUGAUCUGGCCCACUACAAGAGCGUCUGCUCCAGGAUGGAUGACAUCAGCGACCAGAUGCACAAACUGAGCCGAGAGCGGGACGCGCUGGACGAAGACUCCACCAAAUACCAGGAUGUGACAGAUGAGUAUAACCGACUGAAGGACUUCAAAAAGACGACAGACUAUCAAGCACAGAAGAAGCAGUGCAAAGAACUUCGGCUUAAACUUUUCCACAUCAAACAUCUGGUGAAAAUCUACGACCAGGGCUUUUGUUAGUGUAGUGUGAGCCGGUGUCCCAAAGUGUUGCACCUCCAACCUGAGACCUGAGAUCCAGCGAGGGAGGAGGCAGAUAAGGGAACAAGAAACCAUCUCUUUGAAGCCAUUCUUUAAAGUGUCGUCAGUUCAGCAACAAGCAACUCCGGUAUAUCAGUCUCUGGCAGAUAAACACUUUCCCCAGCACCUUUAUAUAUUACUUGAGGUGUGUUGACAGUAUUGGAGUAUUCCUGCACGUCGGCUCCCAUGAAGGAAACACUGACUCAGACACGGCCGCUCCAGCGAGACUCCCUCCUCGCUCGGCUCCUCCAGGUGCAUUUUUCACAUUUUGAGGCGUCUUUCAGCACGGUGGGGACGAGAAUGGAGGAGAGACAAGAUCGCACAAAAGCAUCUCGUUCUUUCACAAAAAUCAAUAACCAGCUCAAAUAUAAACAAGCACCUAAUCAGCGUCCGUCGACCUCCUUGUGGUCUCUCUCAUGUCUCUGUGUCUGACGUUAAUGUGAACCCACAAGGUUUGAAGCUGUCAGCAGAGCUAGACAAUUGAGUUUUACUGAGUAUUACUUAUAACGCGUUUUGUAGCAUAAAAGUAAUA